ACUUCCUGUCUUCUUGUUAUUUAGUGGAAUCUGGCUUCUUUAGUAACUUAGUAAUAGUAAGACAUUCAUUCAUUCAAAAAACUUGUUAGUUUUCAUCAGUUACAGUCUCAAUUUAUGAACUUAGCUUCUUUAUUACCGCCUUGUUAUUGUUAUCGUUACUUAUUGUAAUAUUAUUUAUAUUUAUUACUUUAAACUUUCAAUACAUACACAUUGUCAUUGAGAAUAGUGACAGUGAAUAGUGGCAGUGGGCCUAUCCUAUUCGGUGAGUAUUCGGACCCGGCAACCAGAAGUGAGAGCUUGGGAUUUAAAAAAAUGUUUUAAAUAUUAUUAUUGGGUUUUUAAGAUAAAAUUUGGUAUCGAAUGAAAGAUAAUUGAAUGGAGUAUAUGUUUGUAAACUUAAUUCUUCAGUUUAACUAAAAUAAACUACCACAAAUGACAUCCGAAUCAAAAUGGACCCGGACACGCAUCGACGCUAUUGGGACUGGGAUCCCUUUCCUUUAGACUAGGGUGACCAAAUCAUGAUUUGGAAAAAACUUAACGCUUUCAAGGACUGCUGUUUUUUUUUUUUUUUUUUUUUUUUUUUUUGGGGGGGGGGGGGGGGGAUACCCUCCAGUUAUAGUGGGGUCUGGGGGACUCGGCCGGGAACUGUUUACUGAAAUAUGCUCAUUUUAACUAUGAAAUAUAACCUAGAAAUCUACUUCGGGCACUCAGUCUUUUCCUAUGUUUCACUGAUGUGAUGUGUUGUUUUGUUUUUUGUCUUAAGGUCAACCAUUACCAAUACUAAAAACAUUAUUGCAAACUGUGCACUCUGCUCCACUUUCAUAGCGUCCCUUUUUAAUAUAGUUCCACUCUUUGGAAUACUCAUCCAUAAACUUACACUGAAGCUUGGGCAUAAUUAUUGUUUACAUGAGAAGAUAAUAUAAAAUUAAAGAAUAAAGUUCAACAUCCAAAACAAACAUCUGUCACUCUGACACGAACAGGUCGGUAAGGAUCACACAUAAGACUAACACAUUACACGUAGGGGUCAUGGAAUCGAAAUUGUUUUCUGCACAGUUACAUCCAUCGCCCACCCCACCCCUGCGGCUUCAAGUCUUGUGUCUUUUGCUAUACAUUUACAUAUAAAAUAAGAUCUAUGGCAGGGACACUGUGGUGGAGAGGGAAUGGUGCAGCCAUCACAUGAGCCCACAUCACUACUGGCACUGGCUACACAGCUAGUCGAAAUAUUAUUUAAAGCUAUAUUAUAAAUUAGGAAGUUUUAGUGAUUAGAAAAUGUGUUUGGUUUUAAAAAACGGGCCAUUUAGGUGUCCCGGGAGACUUUUUUGGGACAAUGGGUACGAUCGUGAAAAAACGGGACAGUCUCGUUUUUAUGGGAAGUUGGGUCAUCCUACUUUAGACUAAAUGCUAUUAAGUUUCAGAGUUUGAACAAUUUGUAAAUGAAGUUUCAGGUUUCAAGAAAUUUUUAGAAAUGGAUUUCAGGGUUCACAGCUUUCAGUGAGUGGCACCCAUGUUCUUAACUAUCACCCCCAUUGACACAUCAUACAACAUACAAUACUAUCAUACAUCAUUGAAUACAUAAUGUAAUAAACACUUUGCAUCUAAAUCAUAUUUUACCACAGAAACUGAAUGCAAGAUAUAUGAGGUGAAACAUUUUUUGUAUGGCCAUAAAAUUAAAACAUCAAAUACUCAAUUUCUAUCUCAGUCCAGUAUGAUAUUAAGCCUGUAGCCUUUGGUGACCGCCACAAUGAGCUCUUUCUGUGGACAAAUGAAUGACCACAAAUGGAUUGCCAUUGAUAGAUUUGAUGGUAGAAAUCUUCAAUGUACCAUGUUCUUUUUAUCACAUUGUCAUACAGGUAAGUCUUAUGAAAUAGUAUAUAGAAAUAACCCAACCUCAUCUAAAUAUGGUUUUUUAUAUUACUAUCAAUAUCAACCUUAUUUAAUUAUGAAAAUGAAGCUUGAAAUACUGCUUUAAGUUAAGUCAUAUAUGUCUUUAAUAGUUUAUUUGAAAAUUUGAUAUUUUUAUAAAUAUAAUUUUUAUUCACAUGUUAAAAAAUAUAUCCUCACAGCUUAAGUAAAAAUAAAAACUUUGAAGAUUCAGGUGAAUUUUUACAUUAGCACCCAAACAUAUAAAAUUUGAGCUACAGUAUUUGAGUUCCCCUAGUGCUCUGAAAAGUUUCAAUACGCUUAAUAUAAUAUUUAAACUCUUAUAUCCAUAGCCUUGUCACUCAUAGUCACACAUUGUGUCCCUCUACCCCUACAGUUUUUCACCCUAGACCUUUAAAAUCAAUUGUGGAAGGCUCGAAAUUACAUACAUUUUUAUUUUAAAACCUAUAUACAUUAAAACAUUUUUUUAAAACUAUUUCAGAUCACAUGAUUGGUUUAAAAAGUCAAUUAUUUUUUGAUGUUUUGCAUCUAAGGUGAGAUUUUUACUUAGUUAAAUUUGUAUUUUUUUUAGUUUGAAAAAGAUAAAAUGUCUUAUUUAUGUAUUCUCGCUAGCUGCCCUCCCCCCCAACUCAGUGGUCUAACAUUCUUUGAUAGCGCUAUAUAUUUUGUGAGAAUGAGGGGUGUCAUUCCAUGCGGGACUCCUAGGUGGCACAUGCUCUAGCUAUCCAGGAGAGGGUAGUUUUAAUAACAACAUGAGGCCCUGGGCAAAUGAAGGCACUGAGGCUCCUAUUUCUCUCUAGCCUAUUCAAGUAAUAUUAAGAAAGGCAUCUAUGGCCCAAAUUGGUCCAUACAGUAUAACCAUUUUUUCUUUCAAACAAUUUCAGGGGGGGGGGUUGUUUGCUGUCGUCUAAAGUAGGCAUACUGUCGCUCAGGGUGAAGUCUGAUUCCAUCGCCCGCCAAGUUCAUUCUGGUUAUGGCACCCCUGAUGUUAUGCUUUUGGACCCAGCUUAGCUUUGCCCCUGGAAAAUCGUCCAAAAUUAUAUAUACCAAAGUAUAAAAUAAAAUGUUUGUAAGUUCAAUCAAAUCAUUUUAAUUACUAACAUGCAGUGCUUUUGAUAGAUUAAAUGGGCGAUAGUGUCACUUUCAUUGGAGAAGAAGAAGAAAUUGAGGGCCCCGAAGUUUCCAAGAAUUAAUGGGGGAAGGGGGGGGGGGUUGUCUGCGAGGGGGGUUGAGUGAACCCAUCCCCAGAGAAGUUUUUAUAAUUCCAAGGAUGCAUUUUGGCACAUAUCUGGACUUAGUUUUUCCUCAUUCUCAUUGUACAUUUAUUUGGCAAGAUAUGAUAUUGGAAAUUUAGAUGACCAUUGACCUGCUUGUGCCUAAAGAAAUCCUUCAUUUUUACUUGUUUCCAAAAUUUCAUCUAGUUCCUAGAGCCCAACAGUAUCUGCAAAAAAAAAAAAAAAACGAGUUUCUCCCUCCCUUUAUGCUUAUAAUAUAUUCAUAUUUUUUGUACUGCUGUAGAAGACUUAAAGAAUCAAAUUCCCAAUAACCUAAAGAAAUCCUUCAUUUUUACUUGUUUCCAAAAUUUCAUCUAGUUCCUAGAGCCCAACAGUAUCUGCAAAAAAAAAAAAAAAAACGAGUUUCUCCCUCCCUUUAUGCUUAUAAUAUAUUCAUAUUUUUUGUACUGCUGUAGAAGACUUAAAAAAUCAAAUUCCCAAUAUUGUAAUUUUUAGCUGUAGUAAAACUUUUUUUCUGUUAACAUGUAGUUUAAAGUGGGUCUCUUCUGCACUAUUUUUUUAUGUUUUUCAUUUUCAGAUCCAAUUAUUUUUUAUAUUGUUCUGAGGUCACAAGGUUACUAUUGCUGGCAGAAGAUGACUAUACACAUUUAAAAGAUUAUAUAGUGAGUUUUCUGAAACAUUUAAAUUUAAGUCAGACACACUGUUCCUCUGCAAUUUUUCUUAACCUCUUCUCCUUAAUAAUCCUAGUACCAUCUUUUUAAUUAAUAGAUAUUAAUUAAACAGAUGGUAAUAAGAUUACUUACUUCUUAUUGUAUUUUAGUUCUUUAAUGCUUAGAUAGACAAAUCUGUAUAUUUUAACCAGGUUGUGGUCCUGUAUGUUUAGCUCAUUAAAAAAUGGAAUAGGUGAAAAACAGAAACAACUUUAGAUAAAACGAACAGCUUUGCUUGGCAUGCAUAAGGUCUUUGGGGGAUAUGGUCUGGGUCCAUUUCUUUGACUUGGCCUAGCCAGGACAGCACUUCUCACUCAGAUUUUAAAACAUACUGAACACUUUAUGUUGGGCACCUUUCUUCAUCUAUAAAUUUCUAUUUUAUAAGUUAAAAUUUCACUAAAUGCACAGGAAGCUUAAUUUAGUAAAUUAAUAAUGCAUGUGUGCUGCUUUACAAAUUGUCUUUACUGAAAAUUCCUUUUAAUUAAAAAUUUGAAAAAAUAAAUCUUAAAGGUACCUCUUGAAGUUGGGGUUGUACAUCACUUGAAGGUACCCAGUAGCACAAGUGAAAAGGUAUUUUAUGUAUAUUUUAAUAUUAUUUAUUACAAAUAGAUGAUGUCAAAUGUGUGGAAGAAAGGGAUAGGAUCCUAAGGAAAAUAUGUAGUUGGAGUGAGUGAAUCUGAUCUCAUGAAUGAUGUUCUGGUAGAUCAAUAGUGCUCAAACUUUUUCAGGUCAUUGCCCCCUUAAGGCCAUAAACUUCCUGACCCCAUUGUCACAAACAUUUAGACCCCCCCCCCCGCCAUUCCCUCAAAUAUUACAUCACAAACCUGCUCUUCACCCCCCCCCCACCCACACACACACACUUUAAAAUAGUCAUUUAAAAUUAACCAUAAACUUCCUGACCCCAUUGUCACAAACAUUUAGACCCCCCCCCCGCCAUUCCCUCAAAUAUUACAUCCCAAACCUGCUCUUCCCCCCCCCCCCCACCCACACACACACACUUUAAAAUAGUCAUUUAAAAUUAAAGAUUGUUUCAUUUGUUUUUAUCAUCAUUUAAUAUGUAUUUAAUGUUGCUCUGGUCCAAUUUAUGGUAACCUCUGCCCUAGAGCAUUAGUAAGAUCAGUUUUUCUGGUAUUUUUGUUGCUUACCACUUCACAUAACGCCACUGAUGUGGGAAAGGGAUGCUUAGGGGGCGGUAUGCUCCAGUCUAUAUAUUAAGGACAGCUUUCUCGGUCAGCUGUAGAGUUUUUCAUUGGAAGCCAAAAUAUUGACCCACCCCAUGCAACACUAACCCUAGCUACGCCUCUAAUUCCCAGAAUUCUGUCUUCUACUUUUUCAACAUAAAUUAAUGCCUACUGUCAGGGUCCCUGCACCUUUGACUUUCAUCCUCCAAGCUGUUAUGUAGCUUGAUCAUCCUGAAUGUGUGGUCAUUUACAUACUGUUGCAUCAAUUGCUCACAGUACUGAUUCUCUCAGUAAUAAUUACGGUGAUUGCAGUUUAAAAAUGAAAUCAAUGAACCAAUCAACAUUGAAAUUGAAACAUUAGAAAUAUAAUGAAUGAAAAUUCAAUAAGUAAACUCAACAGUUUGAUCAAAGUAAACCCAAGUUUAUUUUUAACAUUAGAUAAUUAUGUGGUAGCAAGAGUUUUAGAUUAAUGCUAUGGAUUGGUAAAGUGAUAGCAGUUUUUCAAUGCCUCCAUUAAAGUUUCCUGGCAUAAAUUUCAUUUUUUAUUUUCAUAUUUGUAUGCUAUGUCUCUUUGCAUUGAGUAAAACUGGGCGACCUCACUAAAACAGCAACAAACAAAAUACUAAUUUAGCAAGUUAUUUGAUAGUUUGUAAUAAAAAUUAACUUUAUGUGAAAAUCAUGUCAAAUGUAGAAUUAUUUGUUAUGUUAUUGAGUGAUAAAAUAAAACAUACUUAUUUUCAGGAAGAUUACUUUAUUAAAGUAACUCUCAUUCCAGCGGGACAUUGCCCUGGAUCUGUAAUGUAAGAGAAUUUAUUUUGUUUUGUUUUUUUAUUUUAAAAAAUUGUGUAAGUUUAAUGUUAGAUCUAUUUAAUUUUUUUUUCUAAUUAAUUCAGGUUAACUGAUAAAAAAGUAUAUCAACAAGCCAACCAUUUUCUGUGCCAAAGAGAAUUUUUAAAAAAAUCUUUCUUUUAAUAAUGCUAGUGCAGAAAAUGUAGUAUGGUAUUAUUUUAAAUAAAACAUAACAUGUUUCAAACUUUAAAGAAAUGUUUCCAUGAUUCAAACGCAAAUUUUUCAAUACAGUUUGAAAUAUUUUUUCAUAAAAAAAAUAAUAAAUUGAAGUACUAUCCCAAGUCCAACUGAUAUAGAUUGUCUUGGCUUCCAGCACUUUAUAGUAAUUAAAAUUGUGUUGUAUUUGAAGGUUUUUGUUUGAGGGACCUAAAAGUACAUCCUUAUAUACUGGUGACUUCCGCUGGGAGAUCAAUCAAGCAUCAAAGAUUCCUGCAUUUAGAUGCGGAGACAGGUGGGGCGAUAAUAAUAUGAUUGGUAAUGACAUUGAGCUGUCUAGAUUAAACUACCUUAACCAAGGGUUGGCAAACUUUUUUUGACAAGGGCUAGUUGGUGAUCUUGCCAGACAGAUUGUGCCAAACUCAAUUGUAUAAUGGGAAUAUCUCACAAAUUUAUUUUUGAUAAAAGUGAAUUAAACAUUUAAAACAUGUAAGACACACUUUUUUUCCCUUGUCCCAAUGUGAAGUAAUAAUAAUAAAAGAAAUUGUGCUUUUCUGACAUUCAGAAACAGAUGACACUAAUUUAAUGGAGACCCUAAAUAAAUCUUAGGUGAAAAAAUUUUUUAAUUGCUCUAUAGUCUUUCUCUUAUCAUCGAGAAGCUGAUGCUUUUCUGACACAAUGACAUUUAGUUGAGGCUUAAAAUUAGGAGGACUUAUAACUUCUUAUUUAAAUGGCAGAGGUUUGGUAGGAUAAAACUGACAUUUUUUAAAAGAAUAAUUAUAGACAGAAUAUUCUGUUGCAUUCUUCUUUUAUGCUCUGCCAAUACUGAAAACAAAUUUAGACUUAACAAACCUAGGGUAAUUAUGGGAUGGUAGAUGUCAAACAUAUUAACUGUGAAAGAGGGUAGCUUCUAUGUUCCAAAUAAAUUAUCCCUUACAUUUAGCAAAAAUGUAAUAAAAUACAGACUAAAAAUCUGGCUUAUUUUUAGUUCAGAAGCGAAUCAUACUUUUAUUUAUGUACUAUUGGCAGUUUACCUAAUUUUCAAUCUUGCUUCUUCAGCCCAUGCAGAUUAAUUUGUUAUAAACGACCCCAUGCAUUACUUUAUUUUGCUAUUUAACAAAUCUUUCAUCCAGGUUAAAGGCAAUUGACACCAUGUAUGUGGAUACAACAUUCUGUAUUCCUGAAGCCUACCACAUCCCAACCAGGAGUGAAUGUCUUGCUGCAGCUGUCACAUUAGUCUCAGAAUGGAUCAAAUCUUCUGUUUUACAUGUUGUCAAUAUAUCAUGUCCUGCAAAGUAUGGCUACGAAAAUUUCUUGGCUUCACUCGCUCAAAAGAUUGGCAGCAAGGUAAUUGAUUGAGAUAAAAUGGAUAGUUAUUGGAGGGGUUUUUGGCACCUCUACUACUCAAAGUACCAUGAGAAAAUGUAUAGUAAGGGACCAUCCAUAUAUUAUGUAUGCAGUGGGGGGGGGAGAGAGGGUGUUAUUGAUUUUGGAGAUUUUGUGUAAGGGUGGGGGGGGGGGCUCAUCAGGAAAUUUGAAGACCUAAAUUUGUGCACAAAAACUGCUACCAGUACCUAAUUAUCUGUGAAAUCCAUGAUAUUUAAUUAUAGUCUUGCUAAUUUGAUAAAUCCUAUAAAAAUAUCACAUUUUCUAUUAUUACUAUCUCAAUUUACUUAUAACAUAUAGAGAGCAUUUUUGCUAGACCUAUUUGCAUAUGAAUGGUAGCGAUUGCCCAUUAUGUGCAGAAUAAUUGGUGCAACCCUAUAUUUUAUAUUUAAUUUUAAAAUAAUUAUUUACGGGAGCGGACCUGGAGCCAGUGGUGUUACUAGGGGUAUGGAUUGUUCGGGGCAACACCCUCACAGUAAAAUUGAAGAUUUUAAAGAUUGAGUUUCAUAACAGAACUCCAGAGCAGGGUGCCACCAGAGUCCAGUGCAGUGGCAUAAUGGAAGACAUUAUAUUACCAGGCUGCUAUAUAUAUAUGUACUACUACUGGUGCUAUUAGUGCAUUUUGGAAAUAACAAACCUAGAAAUAGGGCUGUCCCUGGCAUAAGCACUAAAUCACCCUGAAUCUGAUCAUUAAAAAUUUUGUUUUAAUACAUUCAAUAUAUAUGGAUUCGUUUUGGCGCAUACCUGGGAAAAGUGCUUUUUCCACCUGCAACUCAUUAAAUCAUCAAUGAAGGCUUUGUAAAAAGUAAUAUAAUUGAAAGAUUCCAGCUGGAUAUUAUAAUAAAAAUUUAAAAAGAUGAUUCUCACAUGAUUUAUUUUUGGAUGUGAUAACCCGUUAAAUUUUAUCAUAAUAAUAAACCUCAUGCUAUUGUCAUUAUCAUUUAUAUAAUUAUUAACAAAUUAAAAAGAAUUCUUACGGCACAUUACACUUACAGUAUUUCUUGUUUAGAAAUACACAGAGAGAUUUUUAAUAUCAUUAACUACUGACCGACAUAUUCUCAUAUUCACUACUAUAAUUCUCAUUAAAAAAAUCUUUUCAUGAAUAAUCUUGCAUUAGGUGUGUUUAUAAAUACUCAUAAAUGAUGUUUACUGUACCUCCUAAUUCUAUAUUUUGACUAUAAGUUAUAAGUCAUUCUUAACACUGCCGACACACCAAAUUUUUUGUCAAAAUCCUGCAAUAAACCAGGUACAAAAUUGUGUAACUGACACCAUAUGUACGGUCUGCAAACGUUUCAAUAGUACUUACCAUGAUGGAAUUUUAGACAUCGCAGUUACCGGUAUACUGUAUACUAGUUGUACACCUGAUAGGAUCUAUAUGGAGAAUAAAUUAAUAACAAGAUUUGGUAUGUUGACUCCAUACGGGAUAAACCAAAUCCACAAUUUUACGUAGCUGCCAUGUCUUUUUCCUGUUUGGUUUUUUACAUUUUACUUCCAAUCACUUCCUGUCAAUUCUUCUUUACUUUGUAUUUGCGCCCACUCCUAUUCUUUUCUCUUUUCUUUUUUUCUCUUUUUUUCUCUUUUUUACGUAGGGUUCAUGUACCGGUAGAUAAGAUUAUUAUGUAAAUUUAAUCAAUACUAUUUAAAUGUUGUUUUUUUUAUACUGAUGAAGGCAUUUGCCGAAACAUUUACUUGUGUAUUAUGUAAAAUUAUUAUUAAAGCUUAAUAUAUAUUGUUAUAUUGACACAAAUUGUUCAUGUCUAAUUAAUCUUUACCAUAACCACUAAAUCAAAGCACCAGCCAGGUUGUCUUUUGAAAUUAUAUUGUAUAUAUCUAUUGAAAUUUUUAUUUGUAGGUGCAUAUACCUGAAUGGAAGGUUUUACUGUAUGAGCAAAUACCAGAUCUCAAAGGCUACUUUACGUCAGAUCCAAAGAAGGCACAGAUACACGCCUGCUCAUUUAAGGUAGUAAUUGAUUGACUGCAUUCAAGUUGUGUAAAGGAAAUAUAAGAACAAGGUAUGCUAGACUUCAAUUCAUUGACAAUGUCCUGUCAAUGAAUUCAAGUCUAGCAUACCUUGUUCUUAUAUUUCUUUCAUUUAAGAUAGGCAGUUUUACAAUCUGCUGGAUGCAGCUGGGUUAAAGGUUAUGACAAUGACAAUUUUCAAAGGGGGGGUGGUAAAGCAGGUGAUUUUUCUUUAGCAGGGGUUUUCGUUAGUUCCUUUUUUAAAAAUCUUCUUUUGUGGAUAAUUUACAGAUUAAAAUUUUCUUACUAAAAUGCAAUAAAUUUGAAGUAAUAAAAUGUGGAAAAUAAUUUUCUUUUAAAUUCAUUAUGCAAAGAAAGUGCAGAAAAUAUUUUCAAAAAUUAGAAAAAAACAUACAAAUUUAAGUUUUUUCUACAUUUAAUUUGAAUCCUUAGUCUUUAAAGACUAUCAAAGAGUUCCUUACUGCCCUUCUGUAUAGACUUAGUCUUCAUAGAGUAUUAUAGUGUGCCUCACUGCCCCUCUACAUAUACUCUUGGGCAGGGACGUGCUGGCACAUGGAAACCCGUGACGAAAGAAAGGCCCGGUGGUCCCCCCGCACACCGGAGAUUGUAAUAAUUGCCCAAAAAGGCCCCUGACGAAUGCUGACGUCGUGGGCCAGCACGUCCCUGCUCUUGGGCUUAAACUCUUCUUCAAGUCUUUUUUUAAAAAGUAAAAAUUUUAUUUUUAUUUUGCAUGUACCGUACAGGGCAAUCUAGCUAAAAAUUUAGUAAAAAUUUCUUUAGUCUUUUUUUAACAGAUGUCAAAGAUACCUUUAACAAAACUUACAAGCAUGUAUUUAUAUGCAUCCCUAUAUAGAAAACCCAUUGAAAAAUUGAUAGAAAGAUGGGUGGGUAUGGGAAUGUCACCUCAACUGGAGUAGAGAUAUGACAAACUGGCAGGAGUGGAGAUAUGUCACUAUUACUGUCAUCACAUUUGCUCCCUCCUAUGCUAUGUAUUCAUACUCUGUAAAUUAUUUCUUCUUAAUUGAAAUUAUCAAUAAAGAUACUGAGAGAAUUGGAAAAAGUUGAUCAACAUGCAAGAAUAUUUCCCCAAAAAGUUUACGACUGCUAACUUUCCCCAUUAUGUGUUUAAGAAAAUCAAGUCAGCAUGGAAAAGUCUCCCCUGUGGUCACCACGCCUCUGAUAGAAUGCUAUUUCAAGUCUUAAAUAUACGUCUAUCAACUAUGUGGUUCACAUCUCAAAGUUCAAGGUCAAGAAAAGAGGACCUUUUAGUGGCACCCAAGUCAAAAGUAGGAAUAUAUCGUGUUUGCUAUUCGAUGCAUUCUUCUUACAGGUAAGCUGCUCAUCAUAAUUGCACUUAAGACUAGUUAAUGUUGAUUCCAUUAAAAACUGAUUGUAUUUUCCAGGAGUGUGAGCAUGAUUGGUCUUGGUGUGGCUGUUGUAGACCCGCUUACUAUCUCAAUGAUUUUAUAGUAGAAACUAUGAUUCUAAGAUUAAGGCACUACGAUGAGCCUUAAAAUAACUAAGGUUUCUGGAGUAUUUUUUUUUUAAAUUUAAAAAAAGGUGUUGAGGUUCAAAAUAACAUUAUUUGUUGUGGUAACACAUAAUAAAUAAAGAUAUUUGUUCUGUUAACACAGUAAGCAAUAGAAUUAGAACGACAAUGGCUACCUCAAUGUGCCAACCAGAAUCUUUUUCUUUUAGAGGCUGCAUUAAUACCAAUUAUGCUUUCCUGGUGCUGCCAUUUAAUUUUAUUUGUAUAUUCAUUCUCAAACUAAACUGGGGGCAACAUUUAUUUUACUGCUCUCUGCGGUGUGGCAAAUGUCAUCAUCAAUGCCGCGUGAGAAGAGAAAAGACGAAACUGAUGAAGAAUCUACAAGUAGUGACAAAAAAGAAGGCAAAGAAAUAUCCUGUUAGCAAACAAGUUUCUCUCCAAGUAUCGAGAGAAGUUGUCUACCUCAUGCCAGGCAGGAAGGGUGAAUUAUUGGCCCAUUGUACUUACACACUGUGUGUAGAAUUGAUUUCUGCGCCCCACACAUUGGAACUAGUGAUUGCAACCAUCAUAACGAGACAGAUUCAUAAACAUAUGACAGCAGCAGCAAAGAUCAGUACACAGCCCUUUGCACAUUUCUUUUACAAGAAAAGAAAGGAAAGCCAUGAAAAAACAAAGCGAUAAGUAACCAGAGGUGAAUGUUUGCUAACAUUUUAUUGUGGAUUGCGAAAUGUCCUUGUCCCAUGGUGACCUGUUACCAAAUCCUUGCCUCUUUUAAGUGGCUACCUCAAUGUGCCUGUCCCAUGGUGACCUGUUACCAAAUCCUUGCCUCUUUUAAGUGCCUACCUCAAUGUGCCUGUCCCAUGGUGACCUGUUACCAAAUCCUUGCCUCUUUUAAGUGGCUACCUCAAAGUGCCUGUCCCAUGGUGACCUGUUACCAAAUCCUUGCCUCUUGUAAGUGGCUACCUCAAAGUGCCUGUCCCAUGGUGACCUGUUACCAAAUCCUUGCCUCUUUUAAGUGGCUACCUCAAAGUGCCUGUCCCAUGGUGACCUGUUACCAAAUCCUUGCCUCUUUUAAGUGCCUACCUCAAAGUGCCUGUCCCAUGGUGACCUGUUACCAAAUCCUUGCCUCUUGUAAGUGCCUACCUCAAUGUGCCUGUCCCAUGGUGACCUGUUACCAAAUCCUUGCCUCUUUUAAGUGCCUACCUCAAUGUGCCUGUCCCAUGGUGACCUGUUACCAAAUCCUUGCCUCUUUUAAGUGCCUACCUCAAAGUGCCUGUCCCAUGGUGACCUGUUACCAAAUCCUUGCCUCUUGUAAGUGCCUACCUCAAUGUGCCUGUCCCAUGGUGACCUGUUACCAAAUCCUUGCCUCUUUUAAGUGGCUACCUCAAUGUGCCUGUCCCAUGGUGACCUGUUACCAAAUCCUUGCCUCUUGUAAGUGCCUACCUCAAAGUGCCUGUCCCAUGGUGACCUGUUACCAAAUCCUUGCCUCUUUUAAGUGGCUACCUCAAUGUGCCUGUCCCAUGGUGACCUGUUACCAAAUCCUUGCCUCUUUUAAGUGGCUACCUCAAUGUGCCUGUCCCAUGGUGACCUGUUACCAAAUCCUUGCCUCUUUUAAGUGCCUAUUGAUGUUUAUUUGAUAAGAUCCAUUUCAGGGAGAUGUUUUUUUUUAAAAUAUUUUUGAUGUGAUUCUUACCUGUAUUUCAUUUUGGUUUUUCUUAAAUUUAAAACGAUUAUUAAUCAUAUAAUUGAUAAAAUCAUCUUCAACUUCCAUCAUCAGUGAAAUUCGAGACCUGGUCAGUUACUUACAGCCAAAGCUUGUGAUGCCUAAUGUCAUACCCGUGUCAGAUAAGAGCAUAGACAUUGUGAGUAUAUUGAAAUAUAUUGCACUUAGAAAUCAAAUUUCAUAACAUAUCAAAAAGAUGAGCAAUGACAUUAAAUCUAAUUUGAACUACUAAAACAAUACCAGGUUCAAAGAACAUAAAAUUUGCUUUAAAAAUUCACUGAUUUAUAAAUCAUAUAAAUCAACACAUUACAUACAUUUUUAAAGUAUCACUAUCAAGUUAAAAGGUGAUUAUUGUUUCGCUCUGAGCCAAAACAACACAAAACUACACCAUUGUGUGACUUUCUUGAUGGUUCAGUAAAGAAGUAAACAUCAUGAUCAGCCAACACCCGUUAGAUAUUGGCAAUGUGUGUUAGUUGCUGUAGUAAUUCAAUGAGUCUCUCCCAGUGUAAUCUUUUCUACCUUGACUUACUCUGUAGACUAAAUCUUUCAUAUGUGUAUCUGAGACUGGGUUUACAUGAAAUGUUCAAAUGCUUGUUCAAUUUGUGUUCAAUCUUUAUCCCUACUGUUUUGUAUCUUUCCAAAGCAACCCCCAACCUUUUAAAAAUAAAUAAUAAAAAACACCUCUCUUUCUUAGUUUUAAAAUCUCUUUCACUUAUUUUACUGUCAAUCAUAUUUUUUCCCCAAAGCCUGUUUUUUUUAAAUAAUUAAUAAUUUUUGAUUAUCCAGGUUGUAAAGUACUAAGUCUGUCUACUUUUCUGUCCUCUAUUUUAUCACUAUUUAUCCUAAAAGCUAAUUACUCCCUUAAGCUCAUAGAUUUCUCCUAACCUUGAUACACUCUGUAGAUGAUAAACUAUCAUGUCCCUACACAUAAAUUGUAAAGCUCUGCUGUAGGCAGAGGCAUUGGGAGCUCAUUUAUACAAAUCCAUGCUUUUGUGACAACUUAUUUUAAGAUGAAAGUCACACAAUUCAUCUAAAAUAUACAUGAAAGUCAUUCCUCCUCCCCCCCCCCUCUCCUCCCCCCUCCCCGCUUCAACAUACAUGUACAAAUCAGCUUCUAAAUUUAUUUACAGUCAAACCUGGUUAUGUCGACAGCCUCAGGGUUAGCCAAAAAGCAUUGAGAUAACCAGUGAUCGAGAUAACCGAAAACCAAUAUGGCGGCAAUAAUAUUAACAUGUGCUUGAAAUUUCUUUAUGUACAUGAUGUGCGUGUAUAAAUGAGAAUGUACAUGCACAUGUUUUUGGAGUUAUUGUUUUUUUUCACAACAGCGUUACCGCAAUUUGUUUGAUGAAGCGAUCGGCAUGCUAUAAAAAUAUGCAUACGUGUUUGCUAACAACACAAAGCAUAUCUGGGGUGCCACUUUUCCGUAUAAUUCCGGAUUUGUGAGGCAAAAUAUUUUUCAGUUCCGGAUUCGCAAGUUUUUAUUUUCUCUCGCUCUGGAUUCGCCAGUUCAGUUUAUUUAAAUACGGAUUGUGGGUUUUUAAAAAAGUCAACGCGUAAAAACACAUGAAAGCCUAUUAAAUGACAAGAGGGUUUGCUAUAAAUAGAACAGGUAUUACAACCUCUCUCUUUUGUUUCCAAGCCUCUUGCUCCUUGCUUCUUGCUGUGCCAAGUUAAUUGCCCGGAGGAUAUUGUCAUUUCAUUUCAAUUACUACAGUUUGAAGUAGGCAUGUUUCUGUUGUAUAUAAUUUUCAAAAGCCAGCGAUUGGUCAUGGGGAUCGAGAUAACCGAGUUUGAGUGGAAAAUUUGGCCGCCUUUUGUGCUCCAGAUAUCAGGGUUCUGCGACAUCAAAGAAUCGACAUAACUGAGGAGAAAAUGCUAAGACAAAAAGAGAAUUUGGCGGUACCAAUUCAAAAACGUCGACAUAACAGGCUUUGGGAGUUAACUGAGGUCGAGAUAAGUGGGUGAGACUGUAUAUACAAUUAGGACGUACAAGACAAUUAAAAGAAGUCACAGUAAACCAUGUCAGGUCAAUUUUCUCCCCCAUUUGGGAUUGCCACUGGCUGUUUGGGACAACAAGCAUUGAAGUACCUAUAUUUUAUAUUUAUUCAUUUACAUUCUUUGGUUCAGCCGAAAGAAAAUUAAGUCACAAUGUCAGGCACAGAGAUGUAAAAAGUAAAAGUCAUAGGGUGAACUAAAGAUGUCGGACUAAAUAUUACUAAUGCAAUAUAAGUGCAUAAUUUGAGCAUAAAUCUACUUUCACAUUCUGCCAAGGCCCCCUCCCCUCUCCCUAUACACAAGCAUAUCCCAAAUCUCCUUAAUCAACAACCCCUCCAUCCCUCCUGAGUGCAUGCAUAAAAUAUGGAUGACCCCUUACCUGGACCCAUCAAAUACUAAUAUGACGAAUAAUUUAAAAAUAGUCAAAACAAAAUUAUUGUGUUUUUAUAAAAAUUAUUUCCUCUGUUAGGUACAAGCAAGGUUGUCAGGUUUUAAAAAUUUUCCACGUAAUGACAAGAUAGCAUCAACUCAAGAUGGACUUAUUCAGCCACUUGGGGUUCUUCAAAAGUCAAAUGUAGAGAUGAAUAUCAAUCGUCAAAUCCCUAGUAAGUAACAAAAAAUAACAAGGGAAGUGUUAUAAUGAUAUCAUAUUGGAGGUCAUACUAGUUUCAGUGACGUCAUUUGGGUAGGGGUAGGGUGGGGCAUUUGCCCCAGUCGGGUGAAAGUAGGGGACCAUUUGUGCUGUUUUUUACCAGGAAAGUAGUGGUUUUAGACCUUUGUCCUGAGCUGGAAUUAUUAAUAGUAAUAAUUUAAGACUAACAAUUUUUUUUAAAGUAUUAAAGCUGAUAUCGACUCCAAACAGAAAUACAUAAAAGUGAAAAAAAUAUAAUUAAUCCAAAUUGACAUCAGGAUAAUUUUUGUUGCUAAAAAAACGUCUCACUGACAGAAAAGCUCUGUGUGUAAUAAAAAAUAAUUGAUUAUUUUUCAAUACCGAUGGUGCCAAAGAUUUUUAAAUGUCGUUGAUUUCAAUUUGAAAACUGUAAAAUGUCCUGGUUUUAUAUUUCAAUUAAAAAAAAGGGUCACCUUAGGUUAAAGAGAUGUAGUAAGUAACUUUAUGAAAUAGAUGAGUAGAAGAAGUGUGACAGGACACAGAUGGGUUGAAAAAAAUGUGAAAUCACUCAGCUGGAUCAGAGAUUAUUAUGACCUUGGAAACAGGGUUGUGGAAGCCUUGGUUCAGUGUGGAAGCCUUGGUUAGUGUGGAAGCCUUGGUUCAAUGUGGAAGCCUUGGUCAGUAGGGAAGCCUUGGUUCAGCGAACAAGCAACAGAAAAAACAGAAUUUUUUAAAAAUAGCACUUGCUGAAAAGUUGUACCGGUAUCCUAGAGGACAGCAGAAGAAUUCUUCUCAAUUUACAACUAUAUGAACAUACAAACAGCAUAUGGCCCAUAGACUUACAAACAGUAUGUUGUCUAUACACUUACAAAAAAGCAUAUCACCUCCACUAUAUGGAUCACAAAAAAAAUAUGGCUCUAGAUAAAGAAAAUUACCAUUAAUUAAUUUGAGAACUACAAAUGCAAAAAUGAAAGUAAAUAACUAUUAUUGUUAGUCAGAGAAAUGUUUAUUAGUGCACACAAAUCAAUAUCACAAAAAGAAUAAACUAGCUUGAAACUUGAAUUUAUUCAUUUAAAUGUUACACAAAGACAUUUCAGUAUUCUCUGUUUGUUUUUUUAAUGAUUGAAACAUCUGAAAGUUUUUAACUUUUAUUUUGGAUUUUAAAAAAGUAACUUUGUCCAAUUAGUUGCUGGGAAGAAAAACAUGAGGAAAUAUUAAAUAUUUUUAAAAAUAAUUCAUUAACGUUUUAUUUUUUAAAAUUUUUUAAUGAGUUGGAAAUAAACAUUUAAAAAUUUUAAACUAAUUAUUGGUACUUGUUUAUAUUACCGGGUACAUAAAGACACCCUCAAACUAGAAGAUGUGGUAAGAGCUUCAGAGGAAUUGUCAAGUGGCGUACCAGUUGGUUGUUGGUGCCAUGGCACACAGAAAUUCUUAGUCAAGAAAAGUGUUUACAAAUUCAUAAAAAAAGAUAAAAAUUUCUUCUAAAUCUUCUCAUAAUUUAUGAAGAAAUGAUUUCAAAGAUUAAUUGAAAUUUCUUAUUCUACACUUUAUGCUUAACUUCAAGCUGUUAAAUACUAUUAAUAACUCAUACUACUUUAGAUACAGUAUUGAUUUUAACUCAUAAAACUAAAUCUUCCCACUUUUUGUAUUGCUGAAAACUGUAUACAAUUAUUUAAUGGACACUAUAUCAUGCAGUGUAAAGUGACCAGAAAGUAAUGUGAUGGAAUAAAAGAGAGUAAAUUUGAAGUUUGUGAUAUAAGUACCCCUAUAAGUAGUAAAACACUUAAUAGCUUUUAUUUGGAAAUUAAAAUAUUUAAAAGAAAAUAUUUUUUUAAAAACUAAAAGCUAAGUGGCUGAGAACAUAAACUUGAAUAAUUUUUGUCAACUUGGUCCAUACAUAACUGCAAAAUCUAAAAAAUUAACAACUACCCGGUGUACAUAAUAUAUGGAUGGUCUUUUGCACUUAAGUGCUGAAACAGCAAACUGCCUGCUUGGACUCAUUAAAACCAUAAAGGAAAGAAAAGUUGAAAAAAACUAGUGAACAUUGAUUUUUAAGUGCAUAUGAAUGACCCUUAAAUGAUUACUCCAUGUAAGUAUUAAAAUUUAUAUUUCUUAAUAUGCACCAAAAGAUGAUACUGAAAAAUAUUCUAUCUUUUUUUGCAGUGAACUCUUUUGAGCUUGUGUUUGAUAGCCCAGAAUUGUCUGAUGAACAAGAAUCAUUCAAAACUGAACAUACAUGCUUUAUUUCUGAACUUUGUCAAGGCAGCAAAAAAAAUUCAACUUCCAGUGAAGUAUCAACUGUUAUCAAAGAAAAAAGCUCUCCGUGUUGCAGUGGAGUUCAAUAUGAACCAGAGCAAUUAUCUAACCAAAUUACUUCUCAUAAUAACUUUGCAAUAAUUAAUAUUGGUAAUGAUGAACAAACCUCAAGUUCAAGGCUUCAAGAAAAGAUUUCUUUACAAGAGCAAGUAGAAGAGCCAAAAUGCUUUGAUUUAUGUUCUGAAAGUGAUAGUGACAUUACUCCAAGGUUGAAUCACCUUGCAGACAGCGCAAAUCAAACAAACCAGAAGUAUCCAAGUACCGGCAAUGUUAAUUAUUCUGGAAGUAAUGUGGGCAAAUUCUUGAGUGAACAGUUGGUUCAGUUUGAUGUUGACGAUAGUAACAAAAGCAAUGAAAUUAAACAUGAAUGUGAUGAGGUCAUUCCGAAUUCUCAAGAAUCAUUGAAAAAAGUAUGUUAUUUUUGGGGGAAAAAUAGACCAAAACGGGAAAAUCUAACCCAAAGUGUUAAAAUAAAGGGAGGACAAGAAAUAAAGGAAGGACAAGAAUGCUGUAAAGUUUCUCAAGGAAGUUUAAGUAGCACAUCAAGUGAAAAGGUUACGGGGACCAAAAAUAUCCAAUCCACCUCUCUAAAAGACCAAUCUCCUUCAGCUAUCAGUGUAAAGAACACUUUUAAUUUCUCAAAGAGAAAAUUGUGCAAUACUGAAGAUGGUACUUCACUCUCUAAAAAAAGAUGACAAAUCAAAAGAAACAGAAGUAUGAAUUUGUUUGACGAAUCAGUAUCGGUACCUAGUACAACUAAUUUUGUGCUUGUUUCAGACAUUGAUUGUAUCAGUGAGCCUGUAUUAUCUACAGACUAUAAUGGUGUGCAAGGCAAUAAAGGGAAUUUUAAAUAAUUCAUUGAACAAUUGCAUUUGACCAAUGAGAAUUCACAAGAGCUUCAGCCACCAUCCGACAAAAUGAUUUGUAUCAAAAUUGAUGAUGAAACCCUACAAAAAGAUGUCACAUAGUUUCCAAAGUAUGGUAAAACUCUUUAAAAUAGCAUUUAAAUUCAAAUAUCCAUGGGUGGACAUCUAAACAUGCUCAUACUACAGCUUGUAAAAAGAUACAAACGCAUCAUAUUCUGAUGAAGAUAAAAAAAUAAGAAUCAAUUAAUUUUUGCUCAAUUCACUAAUUGAAUCUUUUCAGUUUCAGAGUAAUGUAAAUUUUAAAGCAUAGUGAAUUGAUUAUAAAGAAUUAAAUUAUUAGGUGAUUUGCCUCCAUAAAGUAAAAAUGUGAGGCAAUCACUUGGAUUUUAUUAUUAUUCUUACAUAUUUUACAUAUACUUACAUAUAUUUCAUAAAUCAUAAAUUACAGUUGACUUUAUUUUUAUUUAGUUUAAAGUAAAGAGGGGAUGGAAAAUCUAUGGAAUGCUUUCAUUCACUGAAACGGAAAAAAUGUGUUGUUUAAAUCAAAGU